GAAGAGUGCGGAGUGGAGUGGCAUGCUUGCAUCUGAAUUAUCCUAGGGUUUUUAGUAUGAAUUACUUCACCCUACUAUUGAGUCCCGACUGCAACUUUUACUUAUUUUUCAUUGCCAUCAAUUGAGUUUCCUUCCAAUAUCUACGAGCGUGAUUGAGUAAUUGACAUUUGAUUCUUAAGCGAAUUUUUGGUGAUUCCAACACCCAUUUUUCACAUGCUAUCCGAUGUCCCACGAGCACUGUUGAACGUUCUCUUUUGUUUAGGCGAGAUGAAAUUUUUGGUAGUUUCCAUUACAAUUUUGACCCUCUUGACAAGAAACAAACCAAUGAUUCUCGAGUACCCAACACUCGAGUUUGUUCUGAUUUUCAGCUGGUUCGAAUCAAAGCGCAAACGCUUGGUUGGCUGGAUUAAUUGUGGUUACUCCCGAGAUUCUUGCGUUUGGACAUUUUCUGGAUCCGUAACCUUGAGAAGAGAGAAGAGUAGUUAAUUGGUGUGCCCAUUUCUUGGUGAAUCAUUUGAUACACAAUAGUCCAGACUUAACAUGGAUGGCAAGCAUUUGCAGUGGAACCAAUGGCAGCUGCUUGAUUCCGUUCUUCCUACUGGUGGCUUCGCCCACUCAUUUGGUCUCGAGGCUGCAAUACAAGCUCGCAUUGUCUCACAACCAGAAGAUCUCAAAACGUUUGUGAUCCAUGUGUUGGACAACACUGGAAGUUUGCUUCUUCCCUUUGUGCACUCAGCAACACUAUCUCCUGAUUUAGAAACUUGGCAGAAAAAUGACAGAUUAUUGGAUGCAAUGUUGACUAAUGAAGUUGGUCGGAAGGCAUCCAUUACGCAAGGGUCAGCUCUCAUGAGAGUUGCAGCUGUAGUAUUUUCCGAAAUCCCAUCUUUGAAAACGAUGAGAGAAACCUUCUCAGGCACUGGGGCUGUUCCAUUCCACCAUGCUCCCAUAUUCGGGCUUAUUUGCGGGCUACUUGGAUGGGAUAGUGCAAUGUCGCAGAGGGCUUAUCUGUUUAUUACCAUGAGAGAUGUUAUUUCUGCUGCAACAAGACUGAAUUUAGUAGGACCUUUGGGUGCAGCUGUGUUGCAGCAUCAGCUUGCGCUUGUUGCUGAAGACAUACUGAAAAAAUGGAUGAACCGUCCUGUUGAAGAAGCUUGUCAAUCGGUUCCUCUGUUAGAGACGGUACAGGGCUGCCACAUGUACCUGUUUUCUAGACUGUUUUGUUCUUGAAAAGUAUGAAAGCAUGGAAUUAGACUGAUCCCUCCACUGAUUUUGAGUCCCUUUUUUUCCCUGGUAAAUGCUUGGUAAUAGUCGUAUUAUGGGGUAAUAGUGGCAUGUGAUCUUGUGUUCAAACUUUACAUCGUUAAUUUUUCAAUUGAUAUCGAUAAUUUCCAAUCAUUUACCA